AUGAGGCCGAUAUUGAUGAAGGGGCAUGAACGUCCAUUGACGUUCCUAAGGUACCACAGAGAUGGUGAUCUGCUGUUCUCCUGCGCCAAGGAUGACACUCCCACUCUUUGGUAUGCUGAUAAUGGUGAACGCCUUGGAACCUACCGUGGUCACAACGGUGCUGUUUGGUGCUGUGAUGUUUCAAGAGACUCGUCUAGAUUGAUAACUGGUAGUGCUGAUCAGACUGCAAAGCUGUGGGAUGUGAAGACGGGACAACAGUUGUUCUCAUUCAAAUUUGGUGCUCCAGCGAGGUCUGUGGAUUUUGCUGUUGGAGAUAAGCUUGCAGUGAUUACCACUGAUCCUUUCAUGGAACAUACUUCUGCUAUUCAUGUGAAACGAAUUGCGGAAGAUCUGGAAGACCAGACUGAUGAUUCUGUGCUUAUCCUUCAAAGUCCUAAUGGGAGGAAGACGAUAAACAGAGCUGUUUGGGGACCCUUGAACCAAACCAUUGUUAGUGGUGGUGAAGAUGCUGUGAUCAGGAUCUGGGAUGCUGAGACUGGUAAAUUGCUCAAGGAAACAGAUGAGGAAGUGGGUCACAAGAAGCCAAUCAGAUCGCUUUGUAAAUCAGCUGAUGAUUCUCACUUCCUUACAGGUUCACGUGACAAAACCGCAAAGGCAUGUCUGUGGGACAUGAGAACGUUGACUCUUAUUAAGACUUACACGACAGGGGUGCCUCUAAAUGCUGUCUCCAUGUCUUCACUUCUGGACCAUGUUGUGCUUGGAGGUGGUCCAGAUGCAUCAGAAAUUACGACUACUGAGCAUCGUGCUGGGAGUUUCGAUGCUAAAUUUUAUGACAAGAUUCUGCAAGAGGAAUUUGGUAGUGUGAAAGGUCAUUUUGGACCUAUAAAUGCUUUGGCAUUCAACCCUGAUGGAAGGAGUUUCUCUAGUGGAGGUGAAGAUGGGUACGUCAGAUUGCAUCAUUUUGACGCUGAUUACUUCAACAUCAAGAUUUAGAUCGUUUUUUGUAACAAAUCUCUCAAUCUGGAUUUUGUUCUCUCUUUUCGACAUAAUAAAGUACCAAUACUUUGAUGGUUCUGUAAUAUGAAACUUUUGGAUUAUGGUUCGAG